CUGAAAUGAAUCAGACGCAAACGCUCAAGCAGUCACUGGUUGACAGUGUCGCGCUUUCUUAUUGAUGAGGAUCUGAUUUACUCCCACAGCUGCUUUUCUCACAUUUACUGAAACUUCAAUCAAAAUCAUUCAUCAGGCUUCUUUAAAGCACAGGAAUAAUGGACGCCCUGACAUUCUGAGUGACAGGUGGGUCGUGUGGCACUUGCGCCCCCUGUUGGCAUGAGUGCGUGCGGGAUGAAGGCUCUGACCCUGCUGAGCAGCGUGUUUGCAGUCUGCAGCCUGGGUCUGCUGGGUAUCGCUGUCAGUACAGACUACUGGCUUUACCUGGAGGAGGGCAUCAUACUGCCUCUUAACCAGAGCACUGACAUGCGCAUGGCCAUUCACUCCGGCCUCUGGAGGGUCUGUUUCAUCGCAGGUGAAGAGCGAGGUCGCUGUUUUACUAUCGAGUAUGUGAUGCCUAUGAGUGUCCAGCUGACCAGUGAGUCUACUCUAAGUGUUUUGAAGAUGAUUCGUUCGGCGACGCCAUUCCCUCUGGUCAGUUUGUUCUUUAUGUUCAUUGGUUUUGUUCUGAACAACAUCGGACACAUUCGGCCCCACCGCACCAUACUGGCGUUUGUCUCUGGAAUCUUCUUCAUCCUGUCAGGUCUGUCUCUGGUGGUGGGUUUGGUUCUGUACAUCUCCAGCAUAAAUGAUGAGAUGUUGAACAGGACCAAGACCAAUGAAGCGUACUUCAGCUAUAAGUACGGCUGGUCAUUUGCGUUCGCCGCAAUCUCUUUCCUGCUCACAGAGAGUGCAGGUGUGAUGUCUGUCUACCUGUUCAUGAAGCGAUACACAGCGGAGGAAAUCUAUCAGCCCCACCCCAGCUUUUACCGGCCGCGCCUGAGCAACUGCUCGGAUUAUUCGGGUCAGUUCUUGCACCCCGAUGCCUGGACGCGAGGCCGCAGCCCAUCAGACAUCAGCAGCGACGCCUCGCUUCAAAUGAACGCCAGCUACCCGGCCCUGCUCAAGUGUCCUAACUAUGAUCGAAUGUCUUCAUCGCCCUGCUGAAGGAUAGAGGAGACGACAGAUGGCAGUGUGUGUCACAGAUGGAUAAAGUUUUUAGUAGUUGAAUGUCAAUCUGAUGCGAGUUGUUGUUGUUUGCUGUUCUUUGCCUUAUCAGACUGCUGGAUUACACUUGACUUCUGACGUACUGAAAAAAAUGACUUUCUUACUUAGUAUUUUAACUUGUUUUUAGUACAAAUAUCUAAACAUUUUUGUCAUUUUGCUCACCAUGAAAAAGCAUCUGUGGCCGGUUGCAUAAACAUAGCCAUGACGUUAAGACUGCGUCUUAAGAAUGAUUCUGACUAACUAGCAAUUAGUUAGGGCUAAUCAGUCUUAUUAUUUGGAUUUAAAUGAAACCAAUCUACCUUUCUAUGUAAUAUACUUAAAACAGUUAUGAUCAGUCUUCAAGAAAAAAAAUCAUGACUAACUUUUGAGACUAGUUUUAAGAUUUAUGCAACCGGCAACUGGAUUUAAGAAAAUAUGUCUAGUUUUUAGACAAAAAAGCUACAUUUUUAGUGAAUAUGUGCCUGUUCUUAAGUGAAUAAGAAAAUGUUUCUUGAUUUUUAGAUAUCUUUACUGAAAACAAGACAAAAAUACUAAGUAAGAAAGUCAUUUUUUGCAGUGUAUAGUGAACUUUAUUGGUGUCAUUUCAUUCCAGCAGGUGUCAGUAGAGCAUCAUGUGUCUUGUGAUUGCUGUAAACUGUUGAAUGAUUGACACAAGGAUAUACACACUACACUACUGGCUAUAGAUUUGUGUAAAUAUAUAGGGUAUAAAUAUGAAUUUCAGAGAUAUAUUGUAACUAUUCUAUUAAAACUAAACUUCUAGCUCAAUCUGCAUUAAAUAUAAAUAUUAAGAUUAAUUGUAUUUUAAGAGUGCAUUGAUAUGUAAUUAUCAAACUUCUGUUGACAAAAUGAAAGGUAAUAAAUAAUGGAGGUAAUCUAUGUUUAAUAACUGAAACAGCUUGCACUGAUAUGUCAAUGGCAUUGUCUCAACAUGCACACCAGUAUUGUGUAUUGUAAGGUUUGUUUGUAAAAACUACCUAAAUAUUUUAAUGUAACUAAGUCCUAGUACUGGAUUAAUUUAAACGCUGUCCCAUUGUGUGCUAUAUGAUUAUCUUACAUAAUAUUAGCUUUUUUGCUGAUAUCAAUGUAGACAUUUUCCAAAACUUGUAUUCUAUAACGUUUUCAGUCCAUAUCUGGAAAUCAUUUAUGUGGAGUUUACUGUAGGUGUAUUAAACCGUAUUCUUUGUGCACAUGUUUAUGAAACCUUUGUAAAUGUUUUUCAUUUAGCCUUACAAUAUUUUGUAAGGGUCAGAGAAACAUUUCUGCCUCUGCAUUUUAAAUCCAUUGAA